AUGCCAAAUACGAGAAAAACUAUAGCCAUCGUCAAUGGUACUGGUCGCCAGGCUGCCUCGUUGAUUCGCACUGUCAGUGCAGUUGGAUAUGCGGUGCGCGCGCAGGUCUACUCAUCGGAAGGGUUGGUAGCAGAGGAGCUGGCUGCCUUACCAAACGUGACCUUAUUCGAGGGACACUUGCUCAACAACCAAGUGUUAAUCGAUACAAUUUUCGAUGGCGCGCAUCUUGCCUUCAUCAAUACCAACCCGUUGGCUGGAGACGAGGUCAAGAUUGGCAAGGCACUCGCCAACGCGGCCAAGAAACGCAAUAUACAACAUUUCAUUUACAGCAGCAUGCCUGAUCACUCUAUCCACGAUCCGAACUGGCCAGCGUUACAGAUGUGGAGCUGCAAGUUCACGGUCGAAAACUAUAUCCGCCAACUUGGUCUCCCUGCAACCUUUGUUUAUGCUGGUAUCUAUAACAACAACUUCACCAGUCUACCAUACCCCUUAUUCUGUCUCAAAUUCAAGGAGGACGGGGAUCUCGAAUGGCGAGCACCUUUCCAUCCCGACACUAAAUUGCCAUGGUUAGACGCCGAGCAUGAUUUUGGACCUGCGGUGCUGCAAAUCAUCAAGGACGGACCAAGCAAGUGGAAUGGACACAGAAUAGCAUUGGCUUUCGAAAACCUCACGCCCGUCCAGGUUUGUCAAGCGGCACAACGCGCGCUCGAACGGCCAUGCCACUAUGUCUAUGAUCCCAAGAUAGAGGUGAAUGUACCUGUACCAAACGGUUACCGACAGCAGCUCGCCGGAAUAGAGAUACUGUUUGGCAAGUACAACGCCCCAUAUUUUCCAGGACCGGACUUUGCCUACAUGUCUAAACGAAAGGGGAGCAACGAUACGAUUGGUCCCAGAAACAACCAUGCUUCAAUAAGCAAAAAUCAUGAUCCCCGGUCAGCCAAGGGCAAGCCCGGGAAAUUAACAGAUGAAGCUCGUGGACUGUGGGAGGGCUAUCGGGGCUUGGAGGAAUACUUUCGCGAGGUCUUUCCUGUGGAAGAGGAAGCAAACGGCAAGACAUGGAUGAUUGACAAAGUUGUAAGCACAUGA